AAUUCUAGUGCAGGCUCAAAAUCACAAUCAUGAUCAUCAGGAGCACUAUCACUAUUGGAUUCACCUAUAAAAUUCACAAUCAAGAGAUAAGAUAUUCAUUGCUUUAUCUGUCCAAAGUACAAAUGUUUAUAAGUACAAGAAACUAUUGUAAUAUGUUAUUACUUUAAAUUAACAAGCAAAACUAAGGAAAGGAACAUUAAUCCACACAAAUGCUUGCCUUGUCAGACACCUUUAUUUUGUCAAUGUCAUAGAUGCAUUUCAGGAACUUUCCCUCUUUAGUAUGGCACCUGGGACAAAUAACACUGACAAGAUUAGCAAGAAGUAGGCGAGUAAUGCCAAAGGAAAAGUAUAAAAGAGAAGAAAUGCCUAAUAAACACAAGUUUCCUCGACAAAAACAGUUGAGAUCGACAUGAAAAUAGAAGUUGGUUCCAUAAUUAUUCUUUCUCUUUAUGUUUGCAUCCUUUUGGUGAAUAUCUCAAAUUCUUCGCCACCGUUUCUCCAAAGAGCAUUCUAUCGCAGAAAAAUACAAGCAUGUGGUUCCGAAUUAUCAGAUACACUAAGUAUCAUUUGCAAUGGAUCUUAUUAUAGCCCUCCAUCCGCCAUUCAAAGAAAACGAUUUUUUUAUACGUAUGACGAUUUAUCAAAUCCUUAUUGGAAUCUUGUGGUCAGACAAUACGGACAUCCAUUUCGAAGAAUUUCUCCUUUCUUUUCUAAUCGAGAGAAGAAGAGAGGCGUGGUAGACGAAUGCUGCCACAAUAGGUGCACACUCCAACAGAUUCGUGCAUAUUGUAACCAAACUGAAUGGGUGGAUCACGAAGAACGCAGCCUAUGGAUGAAAUAAAUUGUUUAAACCAAUUUUGAAGUUUUCAAUGCGACUUUGAAUUUUCUAAUGUAAAUGCCCUGUUCAUUUUCGAAAGAAAAUAAAAUAAUGCAAAGAAUUAAUUUUAC